GCAAUGGGGUUCUUGUUGAUGAGUUUCGCUGUUUGGCCCCACACUUUUCGUAGCCUUCACUCACAAAUUUGCUGAGUCACUCUGUUGUGUAUAUAUAUGGAAGAUGUUAUGACACUUUGCUUUCAGAACCAGAGAUUCUCUAACUUUCGCUCUUACUGUCUUCUGUAUUGGGUUAGAAGUCUGAAAAGGCCAUGGGAGACUUAACCAUAAUCAAUGAAGGAAACCAAUCUCAGAAAAUGGAGGGAAACGUAUUUGGUCCUAGUGGGAGCGAUGCCACUAAUAUUUUAAUAAACCAUGACUUUUCUGAUGGGCUAAACGCCUGGCAUCCCAAUUACUGUCAUGGCUAUGUAGUUUCAUCCGAAUCAGGCUCUCGAGAAGCAAUGACAGUAGGAUUAGAUGGUAAUUACGCUGUGAUCACAGACCGUAGGCAAUGCUGGCAGGGUUUAGAGCAAGAUAUCACAGACAAAAUUUCUGUUGGUUCCACUUACAUGGUUUCAGCUUUUGUUGGAGUACAUGGGCCUUCUCCUUAUUCUACUCAUGUUAAAGCUACUCUGAAACUAGAACGUCACGGUUCAGACCCUGGCUACUUGGAGAUUGGAGGAACUUCUUGCACGGGGGGCAGCUGGAAAAAGUUAGAAGGGUCGUUUUCGUUGUCAACUAUGCCUGAUCGAGUUAUAUUUUAUUUGGAAGGACCUUCUCCUGAAUUUGAUCUGCUUAUAAGAUCAGUGAACAUCCAUGAACUUAAAUUCGACGAUGAAAACAUCAUAAUAAAUCCCCAGUUUGAUGAUGGCCUGAAUAAUUGGACUGGAAGAGGCUGCAAGAUUGCCUUACAUGACUCCAUGGGAGAUGGGAAGAUUCUUCCGAAGUCUGGUAAAUUCUUUGCAUCUGCAACAGAACGUACCCAAAGCUGGAACGGAAUUCAGCAGGAGAUCACAGGAAGAGUGAAGCGCAAGCUUGCCUAUGAGGUUACUGCAUUAGUUCGGAUAUUUGGGAACAGUGUCACCACUUCUGAUGUAAGGGCUACUUUGUGGGUUCAAGCACCAGAUCUUCGCGAGCAGUAUAUAGGCAUUGCCAAUGUGCAGGCAACAGAUAAAGAUUGGGUCCAAAUGCAAGGAAAAUUCCUCCUAAAUGGUUCCCCAUCAAAAGUAGUAGUUUAUUUAGAAGGUCCUCCUGCGGGCACUGACAUUCUUGUCAAUNCUUUGGUUAUAAAACAUGCAGCUAAAACACCACCUUCAACACCACCAGAUUGUGAGAUUGCUGCUUUUGGUGUUAACAUAAUUGAAAACAGUAAUCUGGGUGAUGGCACCAAUGGAUGGUUUCCACUUGGGAGUUGUACUUUGAGCGUUGGGAGUGGUUCACCGCGUAUAAUUCCACCAAUGGCAAGAGACUCUCUUGGGCCUCAUGAAUCCUUGAGCGGGCGCUACCUCCUUAUAACCAAUCGCACACAAACAUGGAUGGGUCCUGCUCAGAUGAUCACUGAGAAAUUGAAACUCUUUCUAACUUAUCAAGUAUCUGCUUGGGUCAGGGUCGCUUCCGGACCAACUGGGCCUCAGAUUGUUAAUGUUGUCCUUAGCGUUGAUGAUCAGUGGGUCAAUGGAGGUCAAGUUGAGAUUGCCGAUGGCAGGUGGCACGAAAUUGGUGGGUCUUUUAGAAUUGAAAAGCAGGCAUCUAAGGUUAUGGUUUAUAUUCAAGGACCUUCUUCUGGUGUUGAUUUAAUGAUUGCUGGACUUCAAAUUUUCGCUGUUGAUAGACAAGCAAGGUUUAAGUAUUUGAGGAGGCAGACAGAAAAGAUCCGUAAGCGUGAUAUUACUCUAAAAUUCUCUGGGCUGGAUUCAAUUGGAAAUCUUGGAACCUUGGUGAGAGUCAGACAAAUACAAAAUGAUUUUCCCAUGGGAACGUGCAUUAGUAGAAGCAANAUUGACAAUGAAGAUUUUGUNGACUUNUUUGUGAAACAUUUUAACUGGGCAGUUUUUGGUAAUGAGUUGAAGUGGUNCUGGACUGANCNACAACAAGGGAANCUNNAUUACANGGAUGCUGAUGAAAUGCUAGACUUAUGCCAGAAAAACAAGAUAGACACUCGGGGCCAUUGUAUNUUCUGGGAAGUAGANGGCACUGUUCAGCAAUGGNUCAAAUCACUGAAUAAAACUGAUUUGANGAAAGCUGUCCAAAAUCGCCUGAAUGACUUAUUNACUCGCUACAAGGGUAANUUCAGACACUAUGAUGUCAACAACGAAAUGUUNCACGGUUCGUUUUAUCANGACAAACUAGGUAAGGAUAUAAGGGCAAACAUGUUCAAGACAGCACACCAACUGGAUCCAUCUGCNACNCUUUUUGUNAAUGACUAUCAUGUUGAAGANGGAUGUGACACCAGAUCAUCCCCAGAAAAGUACAUUCAACAUAUUCUUGAUUUNCAACAGCAAGGUGCCCCAGUUGGGGGAAUAGGAAUUCAAGGUCACAUAGAUAGUCCUGUGGGGCCUAUUGUUUGUUCNGCCCUUGAUAAAUUGGGCACUCUUGGUAUACCAAUCUGGUUUACNGAGCUUGAUGUGUCUUCNACCAANGAAUAUGUCAGAGCUGAUGAUCUNGAAGUUAUGCUGCGGGAAGCUAUGNCACACCCUGCCAUAGAUGGUGUAAUGCUCUGGGGAUUUUGGGAGUUAUUUAUGAGCCGGGAAAAUUCACACCUGGUGAAUGCGGAAGGAGAACUGAACGAAGCUGGGAAAAGAUUCCUUUCUCUCAAACAAGAGUGGUUAUCUCACAGCCAUGGUUAUGCUGAUGCGCAAGGGCAAUUCAGCUUCAGAGGCUUCAGUGGAACAUACAACGUCGAAGUUGUCACCUUAGCAAAGAAANUUUCUAAGACAUUCGUUGUUGACAAGGGUGACUCCUCAGUGCUGGUAUCAAUCGAUUUAUAAGCAUCUUCUUCACCAUGGAAUUUGUAUUUCUUGGUUGUCUUAUCUAGUAUACCAACUUGGUUAUGCAAUGUUUAUGUUUGAUUGUUGACACUGCCAUCGUCGAAAAGAAAUACGAUUUACUGAUGUAAACCUUUGUUUGUGUUAUGUCGCAACUAAACAUUGAACCAUCUUUAUUUCAACUAAGUUGUUUCA